UAAAUUCAUAAAUGGACGAUGAUAUUAAUUUUGCCCAAAUAAAAAAUAACUAAUACAACAAAGUGGUGGAUGUGGCAAUAUUGAACCGCAACCGGCAUGUUGACAUCUCCUCGAUUGAUAUGUGCUAGCUAAAAUUCUAGAAAAUUUCAAACAAAUUUCUAAUUCGCAGGAGUAUUUUGCUAUUAUUAUUGUCUAAUAUACAAAUCAAUAUCAUUCCAAAAUGGUGCGUGUUGGUUUGCAAAUCUCAGCUACUCUAGAGAACAUUGAAAGUCUAGAAACCAAUCAUCCGGAUUAUCCAUUUUUUGUGAAAGUGAAAUGCACAAAUUGUGGGGAAACGUCCGAUAAAUGGCACGACAUAACCGAAUCGGAGCGCUCACAAAGUGGUACAGAUUCACGUAAUCCCGAUGGGUUCAAUUUCUAUAUGAAAUGCAAAAUGUGCGGUCGUGAAAAUAGCAUUGACGUAGUAGAGAAGACAAAUGCUUUGUACACUCAGGAUGAUGCGGGGAAAUUUAAGACUAUUGUCGUUUUCGAUUGCCGAGGCGUAGAACCAGUCGAGUUUUCUCCACGUACUGGUUGGAUAGUACGGUCCGCUGAGAAUGGCCAAACAUUCGAAGAUGUGGAUUUGUCUGAGGAUGAUUGGGUUGAAUACGAUCAAAAGAAUAAGGAGUCAGUUGGAGUGUAUGAAUUCGCUUCACAAUUUAUAAAAUUGAAGAAAUAAAGGGUUGUAUGUAUUUGAGGAACAAGCAAAAAAGCUUACGUGUUAUAAGCUGCCAAGAAAGUUUUGAAAAUUACAUGGGUAUUUUUUUUAUAUACACAUGCCCCACAAAGUCUGUGCCUUCCUAAGUUUAUUAAAAACAAAAUAGAAUAUUAUGAUUAAA